AUGCCCGAUCGUCAGAUUCUUGACUUUCUCGUGCAAUACUAUGUGAUGGAAAUCCACUGGAUGGAACAACUUGUGCACCCACCUUGGUUCUUGGCACAGUACCAAGUAUGGUGGAACUCAGAACGACCGUCAUCAACACUUGACGUCGAGUUCGCAGUGCUGCUCCUGAGGAUGUGUUCUCACGCUUUGCAGUUUCUCCCCUCGCCGUCUUACACUAUCGAUAAGAUCAGAGGCAUGUCCCUGACGGACAUUCGGGACUUACUCAAUGAUGUCGCCGACAAGCUUACAGCAAUCUGCAUUCGACUCGACGGGAAGGGCUCUCUUCUACGCGUGCAGCAUCUGCUCUUUUUGGGAUUACGGUACCAGUGCGAAGGGCGAAAUAGGAUGUUUUGGGAAGCGUUUGGCGACGCGGUUCGAGUCGCACACAGAAUUGGACUUGAUAGAAAGCCUGUGGCAACAAUCAUGGGAAUGAAUGAGUUAGACAAGGAAAUGCGUCGCAGGGUGUACUGCAACCUUUUCAUAUGGGACAGCCUUUUCUCGAGACAACUUGACGUGUCCCCUUUCUUGCCCUCGGGUUUGACCGACGAAAACCUUCCACGGAUGCACCUCGGUCCAAAUGUUGACGACGCCGACGCCCCUGAAGAGUUCUCAGAACGUUUGAUCCAAGCCCGUCUGGCGUCUUUUUGGAGAGACUUCUUGCCGAGGCGAGAGUAUGACGCGACCGUGGCCGAAGCAACAUACGAGAAGUUUUGCAACGGAUUUCUCACAACUUUGCCACCGGCCUUCGCUCUGGACUCCAGCACACAAUGGGACGAGCGUCUUCCUAUGCUGCCUCUACAAAGGCAAAACCUGCAUACCACCAUUUUCGAGUCGCUCUGCUGCAACUUUCGUCCAGUACUGCUUCAGAACCCAGCCUGCCUAAAUAGGCUUCCCGUAUACAAGCGAGUUCUUCUAUCGUGUCAGAGAAGGGCUCUGGCCGUGGCAGCAUUGAGAGUACUGGAAAGCGUCUCUAAGUUGCACACCAUACUAGGCGGCUGCCACACACGGUUCGUGGGCAUCAUCUUCCCAACAUUUGAAGCUGCCGUUCUGCUUGUCGGCCUCUGUACGGAUAUCGGCUUUCCGGGCAAGAGCGAGGAUGGCCCUCUCACCACGCUCAGGAUAGAUCCUCUCGGGCCUGGGAAGGCUCACGUAUCUCGGGACCAAUGCUUGCGCGCUGUUGACGACGCGCUUGCACGUCUGCGAAUGCUUGCGGAAGUGAGCAAUAUGGCUCAGGUAGGAGCUCAAACCCUGACUGAACUUCUCAGUAAGAUGCCAAGACAGCAGACGCCAGACAUGGAAACCAUACCUGCAUGGAUCAACCAAAUGCUCGAGCUGGGCGUCGAGGAGGCUGUAGGGCAGUGCGAUUUCAAAGACAUCCCUAACAGCGAGUGUGGCUCGUGGAUACAGCAGGUUUCAGAAGAGCUUAUAUAG